ACUCCCACGACUCUCGCAUCAGCCCUACAGAUAGAAAUAAACAACAUGCCACUGGAUCAGGAGAACAGUUAUCAAUAAAUUACUGGGCAAAAUUGAAAGGUCAUAAAACCCUUACCCUGACAAAACAGCUGUUACAAGCAUGGCAGGAGAGGGAAAAACAGCCAAUGAAAGGUUUAGGGUGCAGAAGACGCAGUAAAGUGAACCAAGCUUGAUUGUUUAAUACUCAGUCCCACAAUAGCCAUCCCGGCUAGUGGAACUGCCGGGACCUUCAGCCAACAUGGUUAAAUGUAGUAGACAAAUACAUCAGGAAUAACUUCAGAACACACAAUAAUUUACACAGAUGCAUCAAAACAAAUCCAUGGAAGAGUAGUAGCAUUUAUUAUACCCCAAUUCAACAUAAUGUCUAACAAAAGAAUAAAGAACCAUUUAUCAAUAUACCCAGGAGAACAGCAAACACCAGACCGGGUAACGUCAUAGUAGGAUCAGAGUCAAGCAAUGCAUUAGAUAACAUCAGGGAUAUCAACACAAGCCCAGACGUUAUUAUGGAAAUCCACUAAAUACCUCUCCUAAUCCUUUAAAAUAAGACAGCAAUCAAAUUUACCCCAGCAACACAACACAAGUACAUCAGGUCUAGCGAUACUGUAGAACUGUCGUUUCAGUCCACCGUCCUUUCAGAAGGUGGCAGUAAUGCGCACCAGAAAGUUGCUUCCUAAAAGAAAGAAGAAGAAGAAGAAGACGCCGCCUCGGCUAUGAGGAGUUCUUUCUAUUCCAGUUCCAUUUAAUUGAAAUGCGCUGAUUUAUUUUGCAGAGCUAUCGACCUAAAGUUUACGUAACCACCAAUCAGUCAACCAGUGAACAGAAACGUUAGCAUCCAUCUUCCUGAAAGCAUCUGGCUAACGCCGUGAUGGACAUGUCCAGCAGACUGCUGGUGUUGCAGCAGCUGGCGGAGAGCUGUGGUGUCAGCACAGUCCAGCAGGGGUUGCAGCAGGUCUGGAGGCUGCUGCUGCUCUGCCUGAUCUGCAGACUCUGCUUCAGACCGGGAGUCGUGUCCACUCUGAAGCACAGCGUGUCGGCUGUGUCUGGGAUCUAUUGCCUCUUCCUGUUCUUUGAGGUGCACAUGCUGUGGGUGCUGUUGCUCUGUGCGCUGUGUUACCUUGUGUUGCUUCUCAGCCAACACUCCUCCAGCAGAGGCCUCUUCCUCUCGGUUGUCAUCCUCGUCUACCUCCUCGUUGGAGAGUUACAUUUGAUUGACAUGGUGACAUGGCAUAAAAUAAGAGGCUCUCAGAUGGUGGUGGCCAUGAAGACCAUCUCUCUGGCCUUUGACCUGGACAGAGGAGCCGUGGAGCGGCUGCCCUCCCCAGCUGAGUACCUCGGUUAUGUCCUCUUUGUUGGCACUGUGGUGUUCGGCCCUUGGAUCAGCUUCUCCACUUAUACUAACGCCGUUGAGGGCACAAAGUUGAGCUGGCUGUGGCUGCGUAGCUCCUCCCUCAGCCUGCUGAAGAGUCAGAUGUGUCUGCUGGUCUCCACCUGCAUCGCCCCUUACCUCUUCCCUCUGUUGAUCCCCAUCCAUGGAAACACAGUCACACAGAAGUGGCUGCAUGCUUAUGAGAACGCAGUGUCCUUCCACUUCAGUAACUACUUUGUGGGGCACCUCAGUGAAGGUACCAGCAUGCUGGCUGGUGCAGGCUUCACUGCAGAAAAGGACAACAUCAGAUGGGAUAUGAGUGUGGUGAAGCCCCUCAGUGUGGAAAUGCCUCGCUCCAUGGUGCUGGUGGUGACAUCCUGGAACAUUCCCAUGUCCCGAUGGCUGAAAACAUAUGCCUUUAAAAGCACCAUGAAACUGGGGACGUUUCCAGCCAUCCUGGUGACGUACACAACCAGCGCCUUGCUGCAUGGUCUAAGCUUUCACCUUGGAGCUGUCCUGCUCUCGUUGGGCUUCAUCACAUAUGUUGAACAUGUUCUGAGAAAGAAGCUUGCAUCCAUCUUCCGUGCCUGUGUCCUAUCCAGGCCCUGCCCCUCUGACUGUGGCCACCAGCAUAAGAAGGAGUAUUGGGUGAUGUUGCUGAACCUGGUUUUCGGCUUACUGGCCAUCUUCCAUCUCACCUACCUUGGCUCCAUGUUUGAUCCUGGAGUUGAUGAACAGGAAGUAGAGGAGGGUUAUGCGGCCAGCCACACCAUCCAGAGGUGGUCAGAACUGAACUGGGCAAGCCACUGGGUUGUGUUUGCCUGCUGGCUCUUCUACCGUUUAAUCCAGUGACGUUGGAGCAGAGGGAAAGGCUGACUGACACCACGUACUUCUUGAUUCAAUGGAUGCCAGGGGGAUGUUGUCUGACGGGACGAGGAUCUGCUCGAGUGGGAAGGACUGUGGGACAGGAGGGGGACUGAGGUGGUUUGAAUCCUGCUCUGGCUGUGAAGAUGGAGUUACUCAAGGGACGUGGAUGCAGAGUGAGAACACAGCAUGUGAAUCAAAGCGCUGCAAAAAAGGUCUGGAGACUGGAGGAAGGACAGAAGGGACACUAUGCAAGCUCCAAACAGCCAUUUAGUAUUCUUGUAUGCAUGUCGAUUUUUAAAGGGUCCAUAACUGUUGUUGUUCAUAUAGUCUUCUAUUACAACAAUCUUUUUGUUCUGCUGCUAUUUUUUAUUUUUUUGUUUGUUUCUGUAAAUAUAACCAAACAGUUACAGUCUGAGCCAGCAGGAAUGUAACCUUGAGCUCUGAGCAUUUUUUUCUAUUCAUUAAAAUCACCUACCUCAAAUACCCUUAAAGUGAAUAGUCAUUGUAUUUAUUCAGUACA